GUUGCCAUUACAGUACGCGACACAUCGGCUGCUACCCAUACACGACGUUCGUGUAGACAGAUGGUGCUGCUCUCUCGUGCGCUGAGCGUUAAGCGAUGCUCAUCGUGUUACAGAUUUUUCGGUUAGCGACUGCAAUCGGUUAUCAACAGAAGCAGAACACUUUCGCAGUCAAAACAUUAAUUUAUAAUCAUAUCAAUGUUUUCAAUAAUAUUAAACUUAAAACUUUCGAAAAUCCGUACAAUUCAACUUUUGAGUGAUUCUUUUCCACGUGACAAAUCGAUAUUCCCACAAUAUCGAUUUAUAUCACACGACAAAAACGCGCGACAUUGGAUUUCAGGGAAGAUACGAGGGUGUAAAUAAAGCGAGCAGCACUUAUAUAUAUCGGUCAUCCGAACUCAAAUGGAAUACGAUCAACGACAAAACUCCCCCUAAUCUAUUAUAAAUAAAACGAGCUAACCGGAAAAAACAACUCGUAUUCACUAUUUAUUAAAAAGAAAAAGAAAACAAAAACAAAGAAUCGAUAAUUAGAAAAAUUGUGCUCAUAAUUAUAUACACGUAGUUUUGACUUUUUUAUGAUUAUGGAUGGCCGCACUGAUAAAAAACUGCAAACGAUCUUUCUCACGUUCGAGGAAUCAAAUAAAGUAAAAACGAUUCAAGCGUCAUUAUAUACACGUGACAGAAAUUUCUCAGCUCCCGAAUAACGUUCGUAAUUUUUGCCGAGAAAUUUCAGAUAUGCAUCCGCUUCUUGGAAGUUAGCGGGAAAUAUUUUCUUGUCGUCCAAUAAUAUAAUUAAUGAAAAAAAAAUCAAUAAAUUAUCAGCUGUGAGGUGUUUUGACAAGGGAUUUUUUGUUUACGUGGCAAACGCGCUCGAAGGGUGCGUGUUUAGAUAAAAAUCAGGUGAAAUGAGAUUGUGAUCGCAAUGACAGUGUGGAACUACGAUCAAACAAGUGUAUUUGUAUCGAUUUGUUGGAGGAGCACUUCUCUCCUUCGAGACCAGCGAUAUCGCAGUUUUCAUAUUAGUCCUCGAGAACCUUUCCUCCGAGGAAAUCGUACGAAUGUGGCUUAUACGGCGUCGAUAUGAAAACCGCCAUAAGUUUUGACAGUCAAAAAAACAUCGCUAAUCGUGAAGACAGUGAGCAAAAUACCUGGCAAAUUUUGAAACACGUUUACCACGAAUUCGCUGCAAAUUCAACCGUACACGGCAUCAAGUACACGUCUCAAGCUAAAUCUGCAGUUGGAAGAUGUCUGUGGCUCCUGAUUGUCGCCCUCUCGAUAAUAGCUGCUUCUCAACUAGCGAAAGAAUUUUACGAGAAACACGAAUCGGCGAAUAUGCGUACCUUGGUUAUAACGAAUCAGUACCCAAGCUGGCAGCUCGGUUUACCGGCAAUAACGUUCUGUCACUCCGAUGUUGCGGCCAAGCAUCGAUUGGUGUCUUCAGCGUUUACUAAAAAGCACAUACGGUACCCUUUCGGUCUCAACUCUUCGGAUCUUAUAAAAAGUUUGAAACAUCUCUCCAUCGGAAUAUUACCGAGUAAUCAGUUCGAAAAAGAGCUGUACGCACUGGACAGAAUACUUUUCGCAAAUAAAAUGGAAUUGGAGAAAUUAGUGGAAAUCGUGCGACCGAGAUGCCGCGAUUUUCUCGUAAUGUGUCUAUUCGAGGGUAAAGCCGUCAACUGCGAAAGUAUUAUUUCGGAGAGUUACACGCCUUAUGGCAUUUGUUGCUCUUUCAACUAUGCUUACAAUAAAAAUGAACGCAGAUGGAAUAUCUCAGGAAACGAUUAUUACACCGUGACUUAUGGGGGUCGAUACAUUUUGUCUUUUUUGUUAAAAUCAAACGGUCCGAACGACAGAAUUUCAUCGAUAAUGUACGGGGAUGGUAUUAAAGUUUUGAUUCACGAUAGAAAAACGUAUCCGGGUACGUCGGCGAUGGAAUUUAUUGCAGCGACAGGACAAGAGACCGUGGCCCGGUUGUACGGUCGCCGUUUGACAGCAAGCCAGGAAGUCUUGGACAUGAAACGCGAAGACCGUGGGUGCGAGCGCUCGAGGGAAACGGAGGAUUUUUAUCGCGCAGACAAUUGUUAUGCCAAAUGUCAGGAAAAUAUAUUUUGGCAUUUUUGCGGUUGCCUGCCUUUUUUCUCCUACGAACGGCGCCCCUAUCAAGCCUUUUGCAAUAUCACCCACAUCUCGUGUCUCACUCGAAUUAAACCGAAAGCCUACUCUUUGGUACUCAACGAUCCAAACUGUGGCUGUUUGCCGGACUGCGAAAACUCCAUGUACUCUUUGACCACGACUUCACUACCGUUCAACGCUCCACAAUUCAAUCCUUCACCAUUCUAUAAAAAAGCGAGCAAGCUUACAAACCCUACUGCCAUACACGUUACAUAUUCGGAACAAUCUGCGAUGCUACAACGCCGAGAACUCGUCCUUUCCUGGAUCAACCUCGUUUCUUCUCUGGGGGGCGUAUUCAGUCUUUUCCUUGGCUGCAGCUUCGUCUCGAUAAUUGAGAUAAUUUACUUCUUUGUCAUUUACUUUGGUAUGAAACUACGAGAAGCUCGCCAAGCAAGGAUAAAUAGUUUCAGGACUGCGUGAGUGUCGAAAAAAUAUAUUGACCAGUCUGGAUAAUCAACAGUAGCCUUAAAAUAUAAACAAGAUUCCUUAUAGAAAUGUAGUAUAUUAAUAAUCGAGUGGCAAAUUAAAAUAUACCAUUACGAUGUAAAUUAA